GUUUGUUUACACGUACGACCGAGCUGCAGCAACUUUGCAUGACCGCAGAACCAUGACAACAAGACGGGUUCUAUGGUGAAUGCUAAAAACAACUGUUAUGCAAACGUUUUAUCUUUUGUCAGUAAUUGUAACCCCUUUCAAUGUAUACUCCGGGACUUUGCUCUCGAUAUCUUCGUUACAGGGCAAGCUUUUGUUUUGUCCCACUCGUUAUCCAGCGUCAACACGCCAAUCGCUCAUUUCAGCCUUUGCUGAGCCCCUCAACAUGUCUCUACGUGCUGAAGACCUCCAAUAUGUGGUCGCGCCCAUGAUCAACCAAUCUGACCUCCCCUUUCGAGCCCUCUGCGUCGCUCACGGCGCAACCUCCACAUAUACGGAAAUGCUCGACCCAGCACGGCUUACCUCGGACAUCGGAUAUCGCGAGUUCCAUCUACGGUCACUACAACUUGAGAAAGCCGCGGGUCUCGGUCGACCGGUGCUUGUACAGGUGCAGGGGAAUGAUCCAGAGACCGUCGUGAAGGGUGCAAGAGAAAUCGCUCCAUGGGCAGACGCGAUCGACCUCAACCUCGGCUGUCCCCAAAAACGCGCUCGAGAGGGGCACUACGGCGGCUACCUCCUCCCCAAAAAAGACUGGCCACUCAUUGAGUCCGUAGUCUCCGCCAUGUCACACUCACUUACCCCACCAACGACCACGAAGGUGCGGCUGUGUAACCCGGUGAGCCAAACGCCAGAGUUGUGUGAAAGGUUGAUUGCAGCGGGAACGGGUUUGAUUGCGAUUCACCCACGGCAUGUGGCGGAGAGUCGGAGGAGGGCCGGGGUGCCGGAUAUGGACGCCGUACGUUUAUGCGUAGCACAGAUCGAUCAUGCCGUUCCGGUGUUGUUGAACGGUGGGACCCGAUCAUUCGCACACCUCGCGACGAAUAGGGCGGCGACGGGGGUGGACGGUGUGAUGGUCGGUGAGGCUGUGCUUGACAAUCCACUGCUGUUUGAGGCUCGGAUACCGGAUCC